UUUCUUUAUCUUUUUCAUCAACCUUUUCUUGCCCACCUUUUUCUUUUUCCCUGUUUUUUAUUAUUAGUAAUCGGCCGUUGAACAUUGACUACUGAACUAAGUGGAAGAGCACAUGCUCAGUUCGCCCUCCUAAAUUCUCUAUAAAUACUUCACUUACUCUGCACUUCUUCUCCAUCCACAACCUUAAUUAUCUCUUCCUUUCUUUUACUCAUUUCCAUUCCGGAACCAACACCAAACUGAUCUCUCCUUUCUUGGACCCAGAAACACGACAAAAUGAAGUUACUGAAGAUUUUCUUGAUUCUUCUUGUUGUAAUGGCUCUAGUCCUUUCAGUUGCUGCAUUACCAUUGGAACAAGAACAAGAACAAGAAUCAGAUCAAGAACAAGAACCAGAAGAUAUCGAUUAUGACUUGACUGAACAAUCAUUUGAUGAAGCAACCGAAUUCAGUUCUGAAUAUGGAUUCCGCCGUUUGCUCGCUCAAAAGAAAUUAAGAAAAACUCGUCGUGUAAGAUGUAACAAAUUCCCUCGAAUUUGCCAUGCCAAGGGAAGUCCAGGGCCUUAUUGUUGCAGUAAGAAGUGCGUAAACGUCUUAACAGAUCGCCUUAACUGUGGAGCUUGUGGAAAGAAAUGCAAAUACAAUCAGAUUUGUUGCAAUGGCAAAUGUGUUAAUCCAUCCUUCAAUAAAAGGCAUUGUGGAGGUUGCAACAACAGGUGCAACAACGGAGGGUUUUGUGCUUUUGGACUUUGCAAUUAUGCAUAGAAUACGGAUGCUGAAGGCCCUUAAUUUUUUAUUGAUGAAAUUCAAAUUCUUUUGUAGUUGAAGAAAAUACGUAGAUUCAUACUUUGUACUGUUAACCAAUUGUAUUCUUUAUUGAAAGUAUAUAAUUAAUAGUAUUCAAGUGUUUUCAGUA